GGCAGUGGGUGUAGAAGAGCUGUGGUUCAAGGUUGAAGGAACAUGACUCAAAUGUUUCCAGGCUGACAAAGCCAGACCGCAUCAAAGUCUCCCUUGUAGCUGAAUUCACAUGAUCUGCAGAGGAACUACCCAACUCUCUGCCUCCACUCGCACCCACGAGCUCAUAUAUAAACCUCCCCAAGCUGAACAGGAAAAAAGCACGAGAGAGCACGUCUGUGAAGGACUGCAACAGCAUUUAGGAGGUGAAGAAAAGACUGAAUCUGGUCAUAUUCGAAGGAUUUAUUUUAACUGAGGGUUAUAAUUUGAAGCUGCCAAAUGAUGCUGGUGGAGAGUGUCAUCUGUGGGGUGAUAUUCCUUCUCACAAAAGGAGCUAGAUGUGAGGUGACAGAGCUGAUUGCUGAGGCAGGUUCUCAGGUUGUGUUGCCCUGUAAAUGUGAAGCACCACAAUGUGAUCCUGCUGCCAUCACCUGGGGCAAGGACAACAAAGGCACAGUUUGGAGAAAGCAAAGCAGCGGUCUGCAGUACUGGGGCUCUUACUGGUUUGGGAAGGGGGAUACACGGGUCCGAUGCCCGCACUCAGAGUUUGCCAAAGGGGACUACAGCCUCCAGAUAAACGGUCUGAAGGAGGAGGACGGAGGUCUUUACACAUGCAAAGUGGAUCUCAGAGGCCAUGUUACAAACAAAAAAGUAAUGCUCCGAGUCCUUCAAGUGUCUAUUUCUCCAUCGGCCCCAAUGUGGGGGGAGCUCGUGUCCGCCCAAUGUACUUUGACGCCUCGGCUUGACGGUGCUGUAGUACAGUGGAUGUUGAACAGUUAUCCACUUGGGCCAAACACUGCAGGUGUCACAAACCUGAAUGAAGGACGUCUAACAGCAAAGGCGGUGGAUAAACUGGCAGGAACCUGGACUUGUUCUAUCCACAAGUCCAAAAAUGUAUGGAAAGCCUCAGUGGAGCUCUCUGUAAAAGGAAUAAUCCAGCCACCCAAAGACGACACCAAGCUGUAUGCCGCGUUGGGGUCUCCGUUCACGAUGCCCUGCGUGUUCUCCCCUGGGCUUUCCCCCACAAGUACUCUGGUGGAGAAACUGAACCGCAGAAUACAUCAAGUUUUUAACAACCGUUCUGCUUCUUCAUCCUCCUGGGACAAGUCUAUCAUAAUCCAGGAGGUUGUGCCUGAAAAUGAGGGCAAGUACACAUGCACAGGGAUCACGAAAGGACAAAGACUGACUCGGACUAUGCACCUCGUUGUCGCUAAAAUUGUCUUGUCAAAGAAGAAAGGCUCCAUGAUGUUGAGCUGCCAACUGUCCGACUCAAGCGAAGUCACUGACUAUGAGUGGGUCCAUGUGAGCUACGACAUCAAUGGCACCGAAUCGGUCGGGCCAAUCCUGCGUGGACAAACGGUUUCUGUGAAGGAGAGCGGGGGUGAAUGGAUGUGUCGUUACAUUGGGAAAAACGGCGUUUUGGGGAACGUGACCACCCAAGUUCCUUUUAUGGCUGGUCUGAGUGGGGAAAAAUCAUCAGGCGUCUCAAGUAACACCGGCACCGUGGUUGGGCUCAGCUUUCUCCUUGUCAUUCUGUUGUUGAUCCUUGCUCAGAUGUACAAGAAUCAUCAAAGGAGGAAAAAGAUCUUACAGUACCCUGCGCUGGAAACCAUCGUUCACACCGUCUCCAACGAGCGUGAGGAGAGAGAAAAGAACCGUGUGAAAGAGUGAUAAAACCCAUCAUAGCAGAGAUGUUUGCAGGAAGAUAUUCCCAGCCCUACUUUGUAGCAAAAUGUGGUUUUCCAUGCAAAAACUUACAGUCUUACAUUUGCACAGAUUUUGUAAAUAACCUGAUAGCAGACUUUGUAGCAGGAACUAUAAAAGAAUUUAAACUGUAAUUAUACUUUAUUUUAGCUGUAAAUAUUGUUGAUUAUUGUGUGGAUUGUUUUGCCCGUUGGGAGCCAAGUGUUUGA